AUGCCAUUCGCUACAACUCCUUGCGAAAUGGUCCACAAAAAUGGUGUAAACCAAAAUUUGUCGAUAUUGAACGGGCAGCCUUUGUUUUUGGAAGGUCCAGACCUCCUUCACCAACUAGUUCCGCGACUGCAUCACGAUGCGAACGCCAUCGAUUUCCUGGAACACGGAUCGAAAAGGCGAAAGUUCUCUUACACCACACUUCACUCCUUGAGUGAUGCCUUCGCCGCUAGAAUUACAGAAAUACUGGGCAAGCUCGAGAGUGCUUCGUCCAUUAUUCCGGUAUUUCUACCGCAGUGUCCAGAGCUUUACGUAGUUCUACUGGCUAUCCUAAAGGCGGGGAAAGCUUUUUGUCCACUCAACCUCGACACACCAACAGAAAGACUAAAGUUCAUUCUUGAGGAUGUUUCAGCUGAUAUCAUAAUCACAUUCGGAUCCUACAGCGAGCAUAUCCGCACAGCGGCCAACAUCCAUAUUGUAGCAGCAGAUCGCGAACUUGCUGGUUGCCAUAACACCUUCCAUCAUGACUCGCCGCAGCCAAGCCCUGAUGAUCUUGCGUAUGUGCUGUACACAUCGGGAUCCACUGGGUUACCCAAGGCAGUGAGCGUGUCUCACCGCGCCGUCACUCAAAGCUUGCUCGCUCACGACCGUCACAUUCCAGCUUUUUCUCGUUUUCUUCAGUUUGCUGCCCCUACUUUCGAUGUCUCCAUAUUUGAGAUAUUCUUUCCAUGGUUUCGAGGCAAAACUCUGGUUGGCUGCACACGCACACAAAUGCUUGAUGACCUUCCAAGGACUAUAGCUAACCUUGAUGUGGACGCUGCUGAACUCACACCAACAGUCGUGUGUAAUCUUCUAUCCGGUCGCUCGAGUGUGCCCGGUCUGAAAUUGUUACUCACUAUUGGCGAGAUGCUCACACAACCCGUCAUCGAUGAGUUCGGUGGCGAUACGACCAAAGAGAGUAUAUUGUGGGCUAUGUAUGGUCCAACAGAAGCUGCAAUCCAUUGCACGAUAUGGCCACAGUUUUCGACGUCCGAUUCAACCAGCACAAUAGGCCAUCCAUUAGACACUGUUUCCGCUUUCAUCCUUGCACCUUCUGCUGGACUACACACCCCACCCGUUGAUAUACUUCCGAUCGGGCAGGCUGGUGAACUUGCAAUAGGAGGCCCUCAAGUUGCUAAAGAAUACCUCAACCGGCCAGACCUUACAAGUACAUCCUUCGUCGAGCAUCCGUAUUAUGGUCGCCUCUACAGAACUGGCGAUCGAGCAAGGAUUAACGAACAUGGGUUUCUGGAGUGUCUCGGACGUGUUGUGGCUGGUCAAGUAAAACUGAGAGGUCAGCGAAUUGAGUUGGGCGAAAUUGAGCAAGCCAUCAUGAAGACAAGAGGAUGUCGUGCAGUCACUGCAAUGGUCAUACAGGACAACCUGGUCGCUUUCUGCAGUGGACGGGAAGGGAUGUCACGCGGAACUGUGUUGACGACCUGUAAGCACUGGUUACCUGCAUCUAUGAUACCAUCGGAUGUGUUUGUCAUCGACGUAAUGCCACAACUACCAUCGGGUAAAGUCGAUAGGAGCUCUCUUGAGAAGGCAUACCUGCGCUCACACUCCAACGGGUCGUCGUCGUCUCUUACUGGCAGCCUAAAAGACCCAGUGAGUCACUUGAUUUGGGGUGUCGUCAGCCAUCACACCGCGCAGAAUGUCGGGUUGGGGACCAACCUUGCAUCCAUUGGAAUAGACUCUCUCAAAUCGAUCCGCAUUGCGUCUGCGUUGCGAAGAGAAGGGUAUUCGCUGGGAGCAAUCGAAGUACUAUCUGCUGUGACCCUUGCAGAUCUCAUUGAUGUUUGCAGGGGAUCCAAACCGGUGGCUUUUCCAUCUCCAGGCAAGGAAACUAAGCCUAAAGCUUUCAUUGAUACGAGAAACCUUCAACUCAAUGGCUGGCGCCAUGAUGUCGCUUGCAUACUUCCGUGCACUCCAUUACAGGAAGCCAUGCUGGCAGAAACGAGAUCGAGGCCCACGGCAUACUGCAACUGGGUUGAGGUAGAGCUUUCAGUUGCUUACACCUAUGAGCAGAUCCAGGAUGCUCUCAUUCUUCUGGCCCAGGAGAACGAGAUACUGCGUACCGGUUUCUGCGUUGAUUCUCAGCAUACGACAGUGUUCUCACAAAUCGUCUGGAAGGAGCUCUCGCUUUCUCAAAUCCAGAAAGUAGCCAGUUUCUCUAAGAAGUAUUCGAUGCAAUCUGACCAUGAUAUUCUCCGACCGUUCGGCGUCCAGGUCAGGACUCAUUGCGAACUCCCCCGCCUGCUCUUCCAAAUGCAUCAUGCUCUAUAUGAUGGCUGGUCCUUGGACUUGCUACUCCGUGAUCUUGAUCAUUGUCUUCGUGGGAAGCAGGACCUGAAGAGGCCAUCAUUUCGGGAAGUUGUACGUUACUUCGACGAUGACCGACGGCUCAACAACAUCCAAAGCUCUACAAACUACUGGAAAAGCCUUCUUGGUGACUAUAUCCCAACGACUCUGCCCAACUACCAUGGAAAGCUGGUUCAUAACGCAAACAUACAUCGACUUUCCGGACAAUCAUGUGUCAGGCGGCACAAGCUUUCCGAGUGCGCUCAUCAAUCAGCUGUCAGCCCACAAGUCUACUUCCAGGCGGCCACUGCGUUCGUGCUCAGUCUUUACAGUGGCUCUAGUGAUGUGGUACUAGGCAACGUAACUUCUGGGCGUACAAUCCCUGUAGCUGGCAUAGAAGAUAUUAUCGGCCCUUGCAUCGCUUCCCUCCCAUUUCGUAUCGAUUUUGCAGACGCUUAUUGCAUUCGAGAUGUCUUGAAAAGAACUCAAUCAGUAAACAGGGACAGUCUACGUUAUAGUCAGCUUCCACUGCGUGAGAUAGCAAGGGCUGUCGAUGUCAAGCCUGGAGCACGAUUGUUUGAAACCUUGUUUGUAUGGCAACAGUCAAUGGUCUCGGAUAACAAUGCAUCAUUGAUCGCCAAGAUUGUCGAUAGCGCAGACGAACUGGAGUUCCGAAUAACGUUAGAGUUCGAACCAGUAGGGGACAAUAUCUUGUUCCGGAGCACAUUCGACGCCGCAACUGUAUCAGACCAUCAGAUUCAGUACCUGUUUCGGCAAAUCGAUGAAGUAGUGGAGAUGUUCAUGGCAGAUGCCGAUCAUCACGUAAGUGCGAUCAAACAAUGCUUUACCACGCCCUCCUUGUCGAUUGCCAACCCCACGCCUCUGGAGCAGCGCUUUGAUCACGGCCCUUCUCAUGCUGUAGAGCAAUGGGCGGCGACUGAUCCACACCGAACAGCUAUAAUCUUCGGCCACGAAGUCAAUGGGUCAAUGAAGGUCAAAGACACAAUGACUUACAGCAUGUUGAACUCACGUGCUAAUCAGUUGGCUCGUCUCCUUGCAGAACAUGGCGUAGCAAAUGAUCAGCUCGUGUGUAUUAUCAUGGAGAAGUCAGUCAACCUCUACACUUCUAUCCUCGCUGUACUCAAGCUCGGCUGCGGCUACUUACCCCUCGUUCCUGAUACUCCAAUCGAUAGAGUCAAAACUAUCCUGAACGAUGCUCGCAUUGCGGUUUGCGUUUCAGAAUCAUCACUGUCAGCCACCUUGCGCUCAGAUCUCUCAGUUGGUGUCAUAGACUUUGACCUCGCUGCCCUCUCUGAUUACUGCGAUCACAACUUGGAAAUACCAUACAAUGGUCAGCAUCUUGCUUACGCGGUCUUCACAUCUGGAAGCACAGGAACACCCAAAGGUGUCCUUGUGACGCAGGAUAACCUCAUGAGUAACCUGCAGUAUCUUUCAACUAUUUACCCCUUCUCUGCCGACUCACGUCUGCUACAGGCAUGUUCACAAGCUUUUGACGUCAGCGUCUUCGAGAUAUUCUUCACUUGGUACGUCGGGAUAUGCCUAUGCUCGGCUACAAAAGAACAUCUCUUUCGCGACUUCGAGGCUGCCAUCGACAGUUUGAAAGUUACACAUCUUAGUCUUACACCGACGGUUGCUGCGCUAGUAGACCCGAAAAAUGUUCCCAAAGUUGAAUUUUUAGUAACAGCUGGAGAGGCUGUGACUGAGCAUGUGCGCAGAAAAUGGGCAGGUCGAGGGUUGUACCAAGGCUAUGGACCGUCGGAGACUACAAACAUAUGCACUGUUCGAGUUGCAGUCACUCCAGAUGAUCUGAUCAACAACAUUGGCAGUCCUUUUGCCAACACUUCGGCGUUUGUGCUCGAUCCCGACAGUCAAGACAUACUUCCACGAGGCGCUGUUGGAGAACUUUGUUUUGGUGGCCAACAGGUAUUCCGCGGCUACCUCAACCGACCAGAACUCAACGCCCAAAAGAUCAUUGUCCAUCCCACAUACGGCAGGAUAUACCGAUCUGGUGACAUGGGAAUACUUCUUCCCGACGAUAGUAUUCUCUCUACAGGACGCACAGAUGAUCAAGUGAAGAUUCGUGGCCAGCGGGUUGAGCUAGGGGAAAUAACAUCUGUCAUACUUGACCAUGGUGCUGUCUGGGAUUGUGUCACCCUCACCUUAGAACAAGCCAGCAAUGCGAAGACGCUUGUAAGUUUCUGGGUACCAAUGGAGGGUUCCUCAAGCUGCGUCGAGAGUUUAGAGUCUUCGAAAUUUGCGACUACAAUCUCGGAAUUAUUCGACCUGCUAUCCCGACGGGUGCCAUCCUAUAUGGUACCAUCUCAUCUUAUUCCGAUAUCAUGCCUACCGAUGACCCCGCAGGCAAAGAUUGACAAACGAUUCUUACAGCGAUUGUUCUCCAGUUGUGAGGAACAUAUCCUGAACGAUGCCACACAUUCUAAUGGUAUCACGGAGACAGGAGAGGGAGAGCUAUUGUCACAAUGGGAGAGGGACGUCUCUCGACUCUUGAUCCAAGCGCUCGCUAUUCCUUCAGAUAAACUCAAGCGGACCUCGUCGUUCUUCAACCUGGGUCUAGACUCUGUCUCAGCUAUACGUUUUUGUAGUGAGCUACGAAAGGCAGGGCUUGGUGACUAUUCUAUAUCCGAAGUUCUCAAGCACCCAUCCAUCGCUAGUUUGGCAUCUUUGGAGAAGUCGCAGUCAUCUACAACACCGGUCAAGGCGCUGUCGAUAGAUGCAUCAAAUAUCUUUACCGUGGACCAACUCCAAAGAAUUCGCUCGAUUGCCAAGAAAGACGGAGUUUGGGCAACGAAAAUACUUCCUUGUACGCCACUCCAAGAAGCCAUGAUAUCGAGUGGUCUCUCUUCGUUGGGACAGGCAUACUAUAAUGUCAUGGUUUUCGAUAUCAAAGGAGAUAUAAACCAGCUACAAAGGUGCUGGGAGACUGUCAUCCAGCGGCACGAAAUUCUUCGAACUUCGUUUGUUGCAACGGAGAAUCCAUCUUACCCAUUUGCCCAAGUCAUUGUAGAAGGGUAUGACAUGAGUUGGCAUGAGGACAGUAUGGACAGCAACCUUCAAUCGCGCAUCAGCAAGAUCUUGUCUGACCUUAUGGAAGCCAACAAACCUCCAGUGUACUUUUCUCUGACCCGAGAAAAAGGUUCCACAAAGUUGCUUUUUUGCUGCCAUCAUGCCCUCUACGAUGGUAUAGCUAUGUCCACGCUCCUUGCAGAAGUCCAAGAACUGUAUCAUGGCCAUCAGCUACUACCGCCCGUUUCAUACGAUGCUUACCUGAAGCGCAUGCUUGAGCAGAACUUGGAUGAGGCCGACAAGUAUUGGAAGGCUUUAUUAGAAGGCUUUAAGCCCACGUCGUUCCCCAUUCUCACUGUGAAGAGAGUCCAAGAGUCUGGAGCUUUUACGUCUUCGUCAAGACGUCUCAACAUGUCACUCGGCAACGUGCGGAAAACAUGCCGAGAUAGUUCAGUGUCACUUCUGUCCAUUGUACACGCUGCAUGGGCAAAACUACUCUACUUUUACACUCAUGAAAACGACGUCUGUUUCGGCAACAUAGUUAGUGGUCGUAGUUUUCCAGGAGAGGACCUCGAACGCUUGGUCGCACCUUGCUUCAACACUCUACCAAUCCGUGUCAAUUUUGACUUUGGCAAAAGCAAUCGCGCCUUGGUGGAUCUGACGCAUAACCAAAGCAUCGAGUCGCUCGAGUACCAAUUAACUCCACUCCGUCGAAUACAGAAAACUACACUCAAGGAUGGUGGGCGUCUAUUUGACUCCCUUGUGAUUCUUCAGCAGCCCAAUGUGCCACUGGAUAGCUCCAUCUGGAUGCUUGAGCGAGACUCGGGUGACAUGGACAUACCUAUUGUAUGCGAAGUCGUCCAGGAUCAUGUUGAGGAUACUCUGAGACUAUUGCUGCACUACAACAAUUCGCUCAUAUCCCAAUCAGAGGCUUCAAUAGUUAUGGAGACUUUUGAUGCUGCCUUUUUAUCUCUCAUCCAAUCUCCUGAUGCACUUUCGGCUGAUACGGAGAUGUUUCCUACCGACCUCUUGGCGAAUUCUAACAUGAACUUCAAACACCUCGAGAGUGAAUCUAGGUUUUUGCACUCUGGAUUUGAGCGCGCGGCAUUGCUGUAUCCGGAUCGCAUUGCUCUCGACUUCUGGCAUUCUCCAGGGAAGAGGACGACAUGGUCUUUUGAGCGACUCAAUCAAGAAGCAAAUCAAAUUGCAUACGCGCUCAUGGGAGCUGGUGCUGGGCCAGAACAAGUCAUACCUAUCCACAUACCAAAAAGCCCGAUAUAUUAUGCCAGCAUACUGGGAGUACUCAAAUCUGGAGCUGCAUUCGCACCUGUUCAUCCUGAUCUGCCGGAAGCGCGCAAGCAGCUGAUGUUCAAAGAUCUAAAACCAAAGAUUGUUCUUUGCGACGAUGGUUUAUUGCUUCCUGAAGAUCUUCCUAAAGUCACCGUUCUCAACGCCCAAUCUCUUUCAAGCGAUGAUGUUUCCAACCCCGUUAUCGAGGAGUUGAAAGAUACCAACCUGGCUUACUGUCUUUUCACCUCCGGUUCUACAGGUGUUCCGAAAGCUGUCAGCAUGGAACAUCAUGCUCCAAUACAGACCAUCGAAAGCUCCAGAGCACUCAUACCUUGGAACUCUCAAUCUCGUCUCCUUCAAUACGCUGCUAUAACUUUCGACAUGUGCUACUACGACUGCUUUCUUGCAUGGACCUUUGGCUUCACGCUCUGUGCUGCGGAGCAGAGUGAUUUACUCAAUGAUCUUUCGGGAGUGAUCAAAACUCUUGAAACUGAUCUACUUGACCUCACGCCAUCUGUUGCAGAGACUUUAAAGAGGGCUGAUGUGCCAAAUGUGAAAUGGCUUUACUGCAUCGGUGAAGCCAUGUCGUCAUCAGUUGUGAAGGAGUGGGAGGGAGCAUGUGUCAAUUCAUAUGGCCCGACUGAAGCUGCCUUUUGCACGACCAUGACUCCCGUCUCUAAAGAUGGAAGUACUUCGGUUAUCGGAAAACCCUUCCCAACGACGUCCUUUGCGGUCUUUUCUGAGCACAGCAAAACUCCACUCCCUGUUCUGAGUACCGGAGAGCUCUAUAUCGGGGGUGCGCAGCUCGCACGAGGUUAUUGGGGCAGGGGCGACCUCACACAUGAUCGUUUCGUCAGGCGCUGCGGCCAAAGAUUCUACAAGAGUGGCGAUAUGGUACGGAUGUUGAGCGACGGCAACUUCGAAUUCAUAGGACGUCUUGAUGAUCAGGUAAAGAUCCGUGGACUUCGAGUUGAGCUGAGCGAAAUCAACAGUGUUCUUGCAGAGGUUAACCCGGAUUUGCUCUUUGUCACCACGCAAAUCUUGCGGAAAGAAGAAUCCUCAAAAGAGCAAUUGGUUUCGUUUCUGGUUCUACGUCAAUCGAUCCGAGAAGAGGAUAUUCCCAUGCUCCAACAGAAGCUGAAAAAACUAGCGAGUACUCGUCUACCUUCAUACAUGGUGCCCCAAUUCUUCUUGGUCGUGGACGAGAUACCAAAGUCUAUGGCUGGCAAAAUUGACAAGAAGGCUUUGAGUACCAUCUUUCAGCAAUACUCAGACCCCAGUUCACUUUCCAAUGGAAUCUCACAGACUACGGAGUACCAGUGGUCCAAGACCGAAAGUGAGGUUCGUACCGUUCUUGCACGUAUAUCCGAAACUCCAACGGAAAACAUCUCGCCAACAACAUCAAUAUACCAGCUGGGUCUUGACAGCAUUAGCGCAGUUCAGAUUGCAUCUGCUCUUCGUGCUCAAGGAUACACAAUUAAGGCGACUGAUGUCCUCAAACACACCACAUGUAGUGAACUUGCUGAGCACUUGGACCAGAUCUCCGCUUCAGAGGUGCCUGAAAUCUCACCAUUCGAUUUCCAUGACUUUGAGAGCAAGUACAGAGUACAGAUCUUAAGAGAUCAUUCUAUUCAGGAUGGGAAUGUUGCCGCUGUCCGUCCAUGCACCCCCCUACAAAACGGAAUGGUAUCGCAAUUCCUUGCAAAGGAGGGCGCUGUUUAUAUGAACUACCUCAGGUUACAACUAGAGCCGAAUGUUGACUUGGAGAAGCUAGAAGCAGCAUGGUCUUCUACCAUGGGACGCCAUAACAUGCUGCGCACUGGAUUUGCUCAUGUUAAGGAUCCACUCUUUCCCUUCGCCAUGAUCGAGUAUACCCAGGUGUCGGUCACACUACCAUGGAGUGCAACACGAGAGCAAAAGCGAUCUCCAUCAUCCGAUGCGUGGCUUCAGCAGAUACGGGAGCAGGCACUCAAAGAGCUGUAUAUGCCUCCUUGGGCGCUACGAUUCGUUCAAAGUAGUGAACAGUCCUUCCUCGACUUGGCCAUUUUUCACGCACUGUUCGAUGCGCAAAGUCUCCAAACUAUCUUCAACGAUGUUACAGCUUUUUACAAGGGUCUAAGUCUACCAAAAGUGCCGUCUCUGGACGAAGUUGUGAGUCAUGUCAUUCAAUCUAAUAAGCAAGACAACAACAGCAGAAAAGAAUUCUGGAUUGAGCUUGGCAAGACUACAAAUCCAUCUCGUUUCCCCAACCUAGCGCCUUUGAAAUACGACCCGGAGCCUCCAAUCGUAUAUACUAGACAAUCUGCAAGAUCACUUGUUGAUUUGGAAAACGGAUGUCGGCAGGCAAACACCACGAUGCCAGCCGUGGGUAUGGCGAGCUGGCUAUCACUGCUGUCCUCCUAUACAGGAGAAAGCUCUGUGACCUGCGGCGUUGUCCUUUCUGGCCGAGAUUCCGAUGCUACAGCCCAUUCCAACUUCCCGUGCAUCAAUACUGUACCGUUAGCGUUCACUGUGGGUAAUGACACGACAAAGAUGCUGGAAUCAAUAACGGCAUUAAAUGUGGGCAUCCAGGAACAUCAGUUCAAGCCACUGAGAGAAAUUCAAUCCGUAAUGGGAUUUCCAAAUGAUGCGCUCUUCGAUAGCAUCUUCGCCUAUCAGAAACUGGCAAACGACAAUAAUACCUCCGAUCUCUGGACUAUUGUAGACGAAAAGGCCACCAUCGAGUAUCCAAUCUCUAUCGAGCUGGAACCAAAGGGGGGGAAGUUGGAGUACAGACUCACAUACUUUCCACACAUAAUUCCGAGAGAACAAGCGUCUUUGAUUCUUGCACAACUCGAUCACUUGAUGGAGAGUUUCAUCUUUAACUCUGAAUCUCUUGUAGCCGAGCCGGUCUACUCCCAGCACCUGUACUCUAUCACACCAGCAAAGGAAGAUGAGUUACUGUCGGACGUGAAGCUACUCCAUGAGCUGGUAGAGAAGACUGCUAAGGAGUACCCCCAGCGCAUUGCUUUCGAAUUCAUGUCAAACGAGAGCAGUGGAAAGCGUUCAGUGGAGCAGUGGACGUAUCACGAACUGGAUCAAGAAGGCAACAAGAUUGCACAUUUGCUUGCCGCUCACAAUGUAAAGCAAAACAGCCUUGUGGGCGUAUGCUUCGACAAAUGCCCAGAAGCCUCUUUUGCUAUGCUGGGGAUACUGAAAGCGGGAUGCGCUUUUGUUGCCAUCGAUCCAGGAGCACCUGCUGCGCGUCAGGCGUUCGUCAUUGAGGACUCUGAUGCUCAGGCUGUUUUGUCAAUGUCAUCGCAGUCGGCUCAGUUUAUGGCAAGUGCCAAGGUACCGGUCCUCAACCUCGAUGAAUUCGAAUGGCGCUCGCUUUCUGGGCAAAAACUGUUACAAAAUAGCGCCAUCGACGCCCAGGACCGCAGCUACUGUUUAUACACAUCUGGAACCACAGGUACGCCCAAAGGUUGUGAAUUGACUCAUGAGAACGCUGUCCAAGCCUUGCUGGCCUUCCAGCGACUUUUCGCCGGGCACUGGGAUGUGGACUCGAGGUGGCUCCAAUUCGCGUCUUUUCACUUUGAUGUCUCCGUACUCGAACAAUACUGGAGCUGGUCUGUUGGUAUUUGUGUGGUAUCCGCACCUCGUGAUCUUAUCUUUGAAGACCUUGCAGGCUCCAUCCGUGAUCUCAACAUCACCCACAUUGACCUCACGCCUAGUCUCGCUCAAAUUCUACAUCCUGACGACGUACCAAGUCUCUGCAAGGGUGUUUUCAUCACCGGCGGUGAGAGUCUAAAGCAAGAGAUUCUGGAUGUUUGGGGCCCUAAAGGUGUCAUCUACAACGGAUAUGGGCCGACCGAGGCCACGAUAGGAUGCACCAUGUACCCACGCGUUCCAGCAAACGGGAAACCCUCGAACAUUGGCCCACAAUUCGACAAUGUUGGGUCGCUGGUCCUCCGUCCUGACUCUGACAUUCCAGUCUUAAGAGGUGGUAUUGGUGAACUUUGCGUCUCGGGAAAACUCGUUGGAAAAGGCUAUCUCAAUCGUCCAGAUUUGACUGCAGAGCGCUUCCCAUAUCUCGACCGCUUCUCUCACCGUGUAUACCGUACGGGAGAUGUUGUUAGGAUCCUUCAUGACGGUACAUUCCAUUUUUUGGGUCGUGCCGAUGAUCAGGUCAAGUUGCGUGGCCAGCGUUUGGAAGUCGCCGAGAUCAAUUCCGUCAUCAAACAGUCUGACAGCGACAUUUCGGAUGUCGCAACGUUUGUAUUGAAGCAUCCGAAGCAGCAGAAAGAGCAGCUUGUUUCCUUUAUUGUGUGCGGCAAAGCACUGAAGGCUCAACCAGAAGUCUUGCUCGACGAGGUUAAAGGAACAGUAAGCGCGAAGCAGGCCUGUAACGACAAACUUCCACCUUAUAUGGUACCCACCCACUUUGUCCCGCUUGCUUCCAUGCCACUCAAUGUCAACAAUAAGGCAGAUGGCAAGGCACUUAAGAAGAUGUACGAGGAACUCUCUUCUAGCGACCUUCAAAAGCUGUCGGCCAAUUCUUUCUCUGGAGAUGAACAGUGGUUGAAACAAGAAGAAAAACUCCGCGAUGUUGUGCUUGAAGCCCUUGGCGCGAAUCAUGAGAGCAUGUCCAAAAACACAAGCUUUUAUGAAUUAGGUAUGGAUUCUAUCUCCGUGAUAGGCGUCACACAAUCUUUGAAAAAGGCUGGCUUCACCAAAGUUACUACCUCGAUGAUACUGCGAUGCCCUACAAUUCGGCAGCUUGCAAAAUCUCUGGCAUCCCAUAGUGCAACGAGCAACAGUCAUGGAUCGAUUCUCGCAGCACAGCAAUCUAUCAAUGCUGUAAAUCAUCGCCAUCAACGCAAAGUGGCUAACCGCUUGUCUGUCGAACCCAGCAUGAUCGAAGCUCUUGCACCAUGUACGCCUUUACAGCAGGGCAUGAUUGCAAGAUCGAUGGAAAAUGACAAGGGGCUUUACUUCAAUACUUUCCGGUUCAGGUUGAACAUGGACGUUGACGAAGAGAAACUGCAAAGUGCAUGGGCAAACAUGUAUAACUCGACCCAAAUACUACGUACGGUGUUCGUAAACACAGAAGAAGGCUAUUUGCAAGCUGUUCUCGGCGGCAUUCCCUUCAACGGGUUUAUUCAAACGUCGAUUCAAGAUGAUGACCUUGUCAAUCAUAUGGCUCAAUUACGCAAGGAUUGGCUCAGCCUCAAUGACGUUGAGUUCCGACAGCCGUUCCAGGUACAUCUUGUUUCGACAGAGAAACAGAAGUUGCUCAUUGUGCACAUAUUUCAUGGUCUCCACGACGGCAAUAGUAUUGGUCUCCUAUUGCAAGGCGUCUGGGAUUCGUACAACGGACGGGACUCGAUGUCGGGUGCGCCAUUGUUCCACACUGCUCUUGCCCACGGUCCACUGAGAAUGCCCGACGACGCGAAAAGUUUCUGGAAAGACCGAGUACUAGCCAGGACUUCGUCCCUCCCUACGCUGCUCGACAAUUCAGGUCAAGACGCUGUUGUUAUCUCGCGCCAAACACAUACAUCGGCCAACUUUGACCUCAUCCGACGACAACUUAAUGUCACCGCGCAAGCUGUUGUGCAAGCUUGUUGGUUCAGCGUGCUUCACAGACACGUAAACGGAAAUGUGGCAACCGGCAUAAUCGUAUCCGGUCGCAGCAUUGAACUCGAAGGCGCAGAUCGUGUCAUAGGGCCUAUGUUCAACACUAUUCCUCAUCACCAGAGGGCCCAACGCAGCGAGUCUUGGUCAUCAAUCAUCAAGAGGGUACACGAGCUCAAUGUCGAGGCUCACCCAUUUCAACACACACCGCUGAGAGAUAUUAUGAAGUGGUCCAAGAGGUCUUCAAGUAACCCGCUAUUUGACAAUCUCUUUGUGUAUCAAGUUGCACAAGACGAUGAGGAGUGGGCGAGAAACGAAGUUUGGGAACUCUUGGACGAUGAGGCCGUCGCUGAUUAUCCAUUGGCUUUUGAGGUCGAGCACCGGGGUGGCAACGAGUUGAAGUUGACAUUGGUUGUACAAGGGCAUGUUGCAAAUUCCCAGAUUGCAGCUGAGUUAUUGGACAUGUUUGAAGAAGCGCUGAACCAAGCCAUCAAUGACCCAUCGGCUGUUCUCGAGCUGCCAGUCGACGUGGAUGAUGCGAUUGAGAACCCCACCACCAUUCAAUCUGACCCGGACCACAACAGUGGCGUCUCAGAUUUCGAGUGGGAUGAUAACGCCAUCGCAAUCCGAGAAGAGAUUGCCAAUUUGACCUCAAACGAGAUGGAAAACAUAAAUGAAAUGACAUCGAUCUUCGAACUUGGCCUUGAUAGUAUCGAUGCGAUCAAGCUAUCGUCAAAGCUUAAGAAACGAGGAAUGGAGCUCUCAGUCAGUGGCAUUAUGCGCGGGUUGACUAUUGAGAAGAUGGCGCAAAAUAUUACGAAGAAUGCUCAAGCUACAGAAGCGGCAUCACAGUUUGAUCUGGAUGUUUACAUAUCGAAACUAGCAAAUUGUCUCGACCAUCAAGGGCUCCGCACCAACGACAUUGAGGAAGUGCUCCCUCUGACACCGCUCCAAGAAGCCAUGGUUGCCGAGAUGAUUGCAUCUGAGUACACAAGGUACUACAACCAUGACGUGCUAAAGCUCAGUCCAGAUACAGACACAAGCAAGCUCCAAAAAGCCUGGACAACAGUCGUCAUGGAUUCACCAAUUUUACGUACUGGUUUCGUUGAGGUGGACAAUCCGGACGUCGAUCUCUCCUUCGCGCAGGUCAUCCACCGUCAACCACAUGACUUUUGCUCACACAUGAGUUCUGACAGCACACCGGACUUUACAUCUAUUUUCAAGGAUCUCCGAAACGACGCGAUUCAGAGACCACUGUCAACGCCACCCUUUCAUCUUACAUUCAUCGACACGCCUGGCCAAUCGUAUCUUGUAUUAUCAAUUGCGCAUGCGCUGUAUGAUGGAUGGUCUCUGAGUCUGUUGCAUUCUGAUGUGCAAAGAGCUUAUCGAGAUGAAUUUAAAGUUCGGCCUUCCUACGUACCGUCAUUGGCAGAGAUUAUGAAGACCUCAGGAUCGGAUGCUGCAGGCUUCUGGCAGGACUAUCUCUCCGGCGCUAACAGCAACACUUUCCCGCGUCGAACGCUGGGACCAGAUGAAAAGAGCGACAUCGUUCAUCGACACCAAGAAAACAGUAGAAUCGCCCUGGAAAGCAUCCAAUCAUUUGCAAGGAAGAACAAUGUUUCGCUUCAGACUGUGGGACAAGCAGUCUUUGCUCUCGUGACUGCAUCUUUUACCCGCUCUCUCGAUGUUACGUUUGGCUCAGUGCUUUCCGGUCGCGACGACGAGGAAACAUCCCAGCUUUUGUUUCCGACUAUGAACACAGUGGCUAUACGAACCAUUCUUCACGGAACAAGUGUUGAAUUGUUACGUUACGUUCAAGACAACUUUGUGAAUAUCAAACAUUGGCAACACUACCCACUUCGAAAAGCUAUAUCGCAGGCUAGGGUGGAGGGGAGAUUGUUUGAAAGCCUUUUCAUCUAUCAAAAGAGUUUGGAACAAGAGCAGGAUGAGGGCGAGAGGCUGUACACCAGUGUUGAGGGCCAUAGCGAUGUUGAGUAUCCGGUGUGUGUCGAGAUGGAGGUGGUGAACGACACUUUGGUGUGGCGUUGCGCGGUCAAAGAUGGUGUUUUUGAUUCGGAAAGAACAAAGCAGUUGCUGAAGAGGAUGGACGAUGUGCUGAGACACUUGAUGAAACGAGCAGAGGCACCGGUGAUUGAGAUGACCACAGAAGGAACGUCAGUCUGCGGUCUGCCAGCUUUCGAAGAAGCUGGGAUUCAUACUGAAAGCGUUCAUGUGGCAUCUGGGAAAGACGGCGGACAAGAUGCACAAAGCACAGAAACAGCUAAUAGGAUCCAGAAGAUACUGGCUGCAGUUUCCAAGACGCCUGAGGGAGAGAUGACUAACGACAUGACUAUAUUCCAUAUGGGACUGGACUCGAUCAGCGCAAUCAAAGUCUCGUCACUUCUUCGCAAACAGGGGAUUGUCCUCAGCGUUGGAGAAAUGCUGCAAGCUGGUUCAAUGGAGAACAUGGCCAAGCUUGUCGAUGCCCGUGCUACGGAACUAUCAACACCCAAAGACGACACGAACAAUUUAACGAGUCUUGAUGGAAUACUGAAAGACUUGGACAAGACGGAAAUUUUCAAGCGAGCCGGCGUUGACGCAGACAAUGUCGUCCAGGUUUUGCCAGUCGCUGCUGGUCAGCUUUACAUGCUGUCCAUGUGGCUCAAUACUAACGGCAGCAAUUUCUACCCAGAAUUCAGCUACGCGCUCGAGGGGGAUGUGGUGUUUGAAGAUCUGCAAAAAGCAUGGCAGGCUUUGGUGACGACGAAUCCAAUACUCAGGACAUGCUUCGUCUCAGUUGGCGAUCACCGGGUAUCCUACAUUCAGCUUGUGUUGAGGGAUGUUGAUAGCGCUAUCACAGAUGUCACUGGAUGCGGAGAUGAUGAGAUACGCAACCACGUUCAACACGCUACAACCCACCAGCCAUGGGCAAGAAUGCUGGUUUCCCGGAACUCCUGCGGCUGGACUCUGCAACUCAAAAUACACCACGCACUCUACGACGGCAUCAGUCUACCAUUACUCAUACAACAACUCAAAGAUCUCUGCGACGGCAGUGUCUCUGCUGUUUCUCAAGACAGUAUCCUAGCCGACUUCAUAUCCAGCACCUCCUCGCUCUCAUCUUCCCUGCAGCGCCGCCAAUUUUGGGAAACCCAUCUAUCCAAUACAAACCCAAAACAACUGAAGCAGCCCUCCCACACACCCACCACCCGCCUAGAAAUCUUCCACCCAUCCCUGACCCCCAUGCAAACCCUCGACACCACGGCCCGCCACCACGGCAUCUCCACACAUGCCCUCUUCCUCGCCGUAUACGCAAAACUCCACUCCUGCCUCUCCCACGGCACCACCACCGACGACAUAGUCCUAGGCAUCUACCUCGCCAACCGCUCUCUAUCAUGCACACCCGACCUCCCAACUGCCGCAAUCCCAACACUCAAUCUCGUCCCCUUGCACAUUUCAAGCCCGCAAUCCCGCAGCGUAGUGCAGUCAGCGAAGGAAAUCCAAGCGCACCUGCGUGAUCUUAACGAUACUGGCAUUGCGACUACGAGUCUUGUGGAGAUAGAGGAAUGGACUGGUGUGAAGAUUGAUGUUUUUGUCAAUUUUCUCGUGGAGCUGGAUACGCCUCCUCCUCCUCCUUCUUCUUCUUCUUCCUCAACACAGGGGGAUCAUCGAGGUGUCAAGAUUCAACCUGCGGAGCGAGAAGAAUAUCGUACACAAUUCUCGCGUAUAUCCCCCAUCGUUCAGCCUGAUUUGGACAUUGAAGGAUUAAGAAAUGAACGUGUGAAUAGAGUUUAUUUGCACGCCAUUGAUAUCGAAGCCACGGUGCGAGAGGGAUACUUGGAUGUGGGUGUUUUUGCGCCGGGGGAUAUGAUUAGUUUGGAGCAAGGAGAGGAGUUUGUGGAAGGGUUCAAGAGGGAAGUUGAGAAGUUAUUGUCAUAG